AUGCAGUGGGCCGUGGGCCGGCGGUGGGCGUGGGUCGCGCUGCUUCUGGCUGCCGCGGCGGUGCUGACCCAGGUCGUCUGGCUCUGGCUGGGUACGCAGAGCUUCGUCUUCCAGCACGAAGAGAUCGCGCAGCUGGCGCGGCAGUACGCCGGGCUGGACCACGAGCUGGCCUUCUCUCGGCUGAUCGUGGAGCUGCGGAGGCUGCACCCAGGCCAUGUGCUGCCCGACGAGGAGCUGCAGUGGGUGUUCGUGAACGCGGGCGGCUGGAUGGGUGCCAUGUGCCUUCUGCACGCCUCGCUGUCCGAGUAUGUGCUGCUCUUCGGCACCGCCCUGGGCUCCCGCGGCCACUCGGGGCGCUACUGGGCUGAGAUCUCGGACACCAUCAUCUCUGGCACCUUCCACCAGUGGAGAGAAGGCACCACCAAAAGUGAGGUCUUCUACCCAGGGGAGACAGUGGUGCACGGGCCUGGUGAAGCAACGGCUGUGGAGUGGGGGCCAAACACAUGGAUGGUGGAGUACGGCCGGGGUGUCAUCCCAUCUACCCUGGCAUUCGCACUGGCUGACACUGUCUUCAGCACCCAGGACUUCCUCACCCUCUUCUAUACUCUUCGCUCCUAUGUCCGGGGCCUUCGGCUUGAGCUCACCACCUACCUCUUCGGCCAGGACCCCUAACCAGCCAGGCCUGAAAGAAGACCUGUGGAAGGACAGGAGCGGGCAGGCCCGCACACAUCCACUUGCUGGAGCCCAUGUGCAUAGACAAGGACAUACUCACACCAUGCAGAUACUGAGCUCCUGCUGUGUGAGCAGGGACAUAUAUGCUUAUACUUCCAAACACAGAGACUGUGGGAACAAAUGGGACACACAUAUAGAAACUGAGACCUGUGUGUAAGGCAAGAUCAUGCACUCACACCCAUCCAGAGAGGGAACUCCACAUAUACCAAGGGGGCCAGUCAUGUUCAAACACACACCACAAGCUGGACUCACUAACUCAGGCCUUUCCAGAGCUUCCUGCCUCCACUCAGGGCUCUGGAGUUAAGGAUGGGGGUGGGUAUUACUCUCUGCCUCAGUCCUACUCCUCAGCCCAGCAGCAGUUUGGGAGGGUGAGGGGCAAAAGGAGCUGCCCUUUGGAAGCCACUUCACCUGCAGCUAUGAUGCCCUUCCCCUUCAGUUCCCCUGUCCUCACCAUAUGCCUUAUUCCCAUUCCACUCCCCUGCUAUGCAAGUGCUCCUGUGGCUUAUCCCCCACCCCUUCAGCAACCAAGUCAUCUGGGAACCAGAGGAAUGUGGAGAGUGCUGAAGUCAAAGAGUCUUCCAUCCCUAAGAGACCCCCAUUCCUCCCUUGGGGUUAUGAUAGGGAAGCUGGCCUCAGACCAGGGACCACUGAGGAGAUGACCUGGAGUGGGGGGCCUGGUUCCAAGGGGUCAUCCCUGGCCUACAGAAGGCUUUUUCUGUGCACACACUUACCCCUAUCACAAUUUCCAGACACUGCCCCUGCUGCAUUCUCUGUCCAUCAGUCUUUCUGUUAAUAAAGAUUUGUUGAACAGUUCCA